CCGCUGCGCCUGCGCGGGCAGGUGGGGCAAGAUGGCUGCGGAGCAGGGCGUGUGGUCUGUUACCCGACCCGGAAUAGGGAUGGGUAAAACGAUGCGGGCCCUUGUGCUGCUGUUGUGGUUUGCAGCCCGCGGGAGCGCGCUCUACUUCCACAUUGGGGAAACAGAGAAAAAGUGUUUUAUUGAAGAGAUUCCGGACGAGACCAUGGUCAUAGGAAAUUACAGGACGCAGCUGUAUGACAAGCAGCGCGAGGAGUAUCAGCCUGCCACCCCCGGGCUUGGCAUGUUCGUGGAGGUGAAGGAUCCAGAGGACAAGGUCAUCUUGGCCCGGCAGUAUGGCUCUGAGGGUAGGUUCACUUUCACUUCUCAUACCCCUGGUGAGCACCAGAUCUGUCUUCACUCCAAUUCCACCAAGUUCUCCCUCUUUGCUGGAGGCAUGCUGAGAGUUCACCUUGACAUCCAGGUGGGUGAACAUGCUAAUGACUAUGCAGAAAUUGCUGCCAAAGACAAGCUGAGUGAGUUGCAGCUACGAGUGCGACAGCUAGUGGAACAAGUGGACCAGAUCCAGAAAGAGCAAAACUACCAGAGGUGGCGAGAGGAGCGUUUCCGGCAGACCAGUGAGAGUACUAACCAGCGGGUGUUAUGGUGGUCUAUUCUGCAGACCCUCAUCCUCGUGGCCAUCGGCGUCUGGCAGAUGCGACAUCUCAAGAGCUUUUUUGAAGCCAAGAAGCUGGUGUAGCCUUCCUAGGCCACACAUGCCAUCUUGCUUCCCAGGCUGAGGGACAAAGAACAUCCUGGAACUGAUUCUUCUCUGGCAGGAGGACUGAUUCUCAGUUCACCAGUAGAUGUUCUUGUGGGAAGGGGGACUGUAAGCAUCCCCAGGCACAAGCUGAGAGCAGCAGCUUGGCUGGCUGAUCCUGAGCCGGUGAUGGGACAAAGUGCUUGUCCCUUCCCCCUGGCCUCUGGACCUUUUGCAGUAAUCAUCCAGGGGUUAGUGAAGCUCCUGAGAGCCCCAUUAGCACCUGAAGAUAACAGUGUUACUGAUCAGGGAUUUGUGAGGCUGCUAUCCAGGAUGGAUGGGGGUGGGGGUAGUGGGUGGGCAAGCCAAUCUUCGGUCUUUUUUUGCUAACUUGGGAUUUUGAGCAGGUUGGGGUGUGCUUGUGACUCCUUGAUACCCCAGCAAACUGGCUGUUCUCUCCUUUGGCCUAAACCCCAUGUCUCAUUUAGGGUGUGUAUGUCCAUGAAGGGCAGUGUGGAUGGGGUUUGCAGUGUGGGCAAGUGGCCCAGAGGUUGGGCUUGGCUUUUUCACAUCGUUGUCCUUUCUGGGGCUUGAGGAGCUGCUAUCAGGGUGGCAGAGGCCUUGGUGCUGGUUGGGGAUGGGACCUACAGAGUUUUGGUUACUGAUUUCAUUUUCAGUGAGUCUAGGUUUGUUAUAUUGGUUUCCCAAUUAAAAAGACUAUUGACUUCUU